AAAUGGCUUCCGGUUGUGGGAGGUGCUGUUUCUCUAGAGAAGAUAAUCGGAGGAAUAGUGAUGAUCGGAGUCAGGAAAUGAUAUCGCUGAUACAUGGUCAUCCGGAACAUCUGCCAACAAAAGAUUAUGAGAGUCUGGACUAUGACUGGUGCCAUAAUGAGCCUUUUGAAGAUAUGUUGGAAGAAAGAGAGAAGGAUAAGUGGCACGAGACCAAAAUGGAAGUUAUAAAAUGGGUAGUGACAUUUGUCAUAGGUGUUUUCACUGGCUUGGUUGCCCUCUUUAUUGAUGUGGUAGUGAAGGAGUUAGCAAAGUUGAAGUUUGGAGCAGUUGAAGCUUCUAUUAUGCAAUGUUCUCUCUCAGGGUGUCUAGUGUUAUCUCUUCUGCUUCUUAUUGCAAUAAAUGGAAGCUUUGUUCUCAUUGCCAGUGUUCUCACCUCAAUUGAGCCAGUGGCAGCAGGGUCAGGUAUUCCAGAGAUAAAGUGCUAUCUUAAUGGUGUUAAAGUCCCUAAUGUAGUUAGACUGAAGACAUUGGUCAGUAAGGCUGUAGGGGUUCUCUUUAGUGUAGCAGGGGGUCUGUUUGUUGGCAAGGAGGGUCCUAUGAUCCACAGUGGGGCAAUCAUAGGAGCUGGGGUGCCACAGUUCCAGAGUAUAACUUGCAAGAAGAUCAACUUUAAAUAUGAGUUUUUUAGGACAGAUCGCGACAAGCGAGACUUUGUAUCUGGCGGGGCAGCUGCUGGGGUUGCAGCAGCUUUUGGGGCACCAAUAGGUGGUGUACUGUUCUCCCUUGAGGAGGGGUCUUCAUUCUGGAACCAGAAGCUGACUUGGAGAACUUUUUUCUGCUCCAUGUCGGCUACAUUUACACUGAACUUCUUUCUAUCUGGUAUCAAGACAGGAGAAUGGGGGUUCUUCUACUUACCUGGCCUCAUAGACUUUGGUGUCUUCAAGUGCACCAACACAAAUGGGCAGUGUCAUCUAUGGAAUGCAGUAGACCUGUUGAUUUUCAUUGCUAUGGGGUUUAUAGGGGGUCUUCUUGGAGCUUUGUUCAAUUCCCUCAACACUCAGCUCACAAAGCAUAGGAUGAAAUAUGUCAACAACAGACAUAAGUUUGUCAGGAUUCUUGAAGCUUUGUUAGUUGCUAUGGUGACAUCUAUGAUCUCAUUUAUUGCUGCAAUGACUUUAGGAGAAUGUCGUAAACUUUCAUCAACAGGGGGUAACAGUAGUGAUGUCUCGGACUCUGUGCGUACUUAUUUUUGUCAUGAUGGUUACUAUAACGAUAUGGCUACUUUGUUCUUUAACCCAAUGGAGAUUGGCAUCAAGCAGUUGUUCCAUCAAGAGGGAACCUUCAGUAUGACAUCAUUGGCGAUCUUCUUCAUGUGUUUUUUCUUUCUUGCCUGCUGGACGUAUGGAGCUAGUGUCCCCAGUGGCUUGUUUGUGCCCUGUCUCUUUUGUGGUGCUGCGUAUGGGAGAUUCGUGGCGACUAUUCUUGUCAAUGUAUUUGGUUACACCAAUAUUUACUCUGGUACAUUUGCCCUUGUGGGGGCUGCAGCCUUUCUAGGCGGUGUGGUCCGAAUGACGAUCAGCCUCACUGUCAUUCUGAUUGAAUCAACCAAUGAAAUCAGUUACGGUUUACCAAUCAUGAUUGUGUUAAUGGUAGCCAAGUGGUCUGGAGACCUGUUUAAUGAAGGAUUAUAUGAUAUUCAUAUAGAACUAAAGGAUGUUCCACUUCUGGGUUGGGAUGCACCAAUUAAUACGCUCAAAAUGAAGGCCCAUGAUAUUAUGGAGACGAGUAUAACAUACAUGUUUCCCCACACACGGAUACUCUCAUUAGUAAGCAUUCUGAAGACGACGUGUCACCAUGCCUACCCUGUCGUUACUAUAGAAACAAAAGAUGAAACUGAGGAAAUCUUAUUGGCUGAACAAAAUAUGGUUGCCAGUCAGAAUAUUAAGUUUCGAAAAAAAAGUUUGUUAACUCGUGCAGAGGAAGAACGUAAAAGACGAACAUCCUCGAUGACUGAUUCCAUUCAGUCUAUUCCAGAGGAGCCACAUCCUUCCCAUGAGCCUUUGCACCUGGCUCAGCAGCCCCAUCUAUCCCAUUUAUUGAGCAAACCUAGGGCACACAGCACAAAUUCUCUUGAUUUAGAGGACAGAAGGAACCCCUAUAGUACAUUAUCGCUUGAUGAUACUCAACGGUUUGAGGACCAAUACAGACCCCUUAGAUUCCAUGGGAUGAUUCUGCGCUCCCAUCUUAUUAUGCUGCUGAAAAAUAGAGUUUCAUACCAGGAAAAUAUAGAGGGUAACAAUCAAACGAGGCUCAGCUAUGAGGAGUUGACAAGAUUGUAUCCACGUUACCCUAACAUUCACGACAUCAAUCUGUCUGAGUUGGACCCUGCCAGUAUCAUGGAUGUGACACCCUAUAUGAACCCAUGUCCUUAUAUGGCAUCCCCACAUACACCUGUCACUCAAAUCUUCAACCUCUUUCGCAGCAUGGGACUUAGACAUUUACCAAUAAUCAAUAACAACGGAGAGUUGUUUAUAGCUCAGGUUCUACUGCCCCUCUGA